AUGAGGGGCACGCUGCUGGCACUGGGCUGCCUCGUCCUCCUGCUCCUGGCACGGGAAGGGGAAGGGGAAGGCAACAAGGUGAGGCUCUGUGGCAGAGAUUUCAUCAGAGCCGUGGUGUUCACCUGCGGCGGCUCGCGCUGGAAGAGGAACCUCCCUGGGCACCACGGCCUGCGCGAGAGUGAAAACCCCCAGCACUUCCCACACGAGGAGGAGGGUGACGCUGACUUCUCAUCACAGCCAGAGCCGAGGCUGGGGAUCCACAGCGAAGAGCCCCAGGAUGUCAAACCUGAGCAAGACUCGCAAAACACCAGCAAAGUCUCUGUGCUAAACAAGCGUGAGGCAGCCAAGCUGCUCACCACAUCCUGCUGCAACGUGGGCUGCAGCAGGGCAGAGAUCAGCUCCCUGUGCUGA